AUGUCUCUGCUGUUCUUGUGGUCUCUAUCUUCCUCCCUCACACUCAGCCCAUCCUCCACCUUAGCCACAGACUCAGAGUGUGUUCUGCUGAGUGGCUUUGAUCCUGGGUUUGUGGCUGAUGGUGACUUUGUCAUUGGGGGUAUUUUCCCCCUGCACUACAACCAGGAGAUGCCAGACGUCAACUACACCUACCAACCAACAGCCGUCAGGUGCAAUGGGUUUGAUCCGAGGGCUUUCCGCUGGGCUCAGACCAUGAGGCUGGCGGUGGAGGAGAUCAACCAGAGUGAGCAGCUGCUGCCCAACCACAUGCUUGGCUACAAGAUCUUUGACUCAUGUGCCUAUCCUCUGACAGGGCAGAGGGCUGCUCUGGCAAUGUUGAAUGGACUGGGCCAGGCUCACACUCACGUGUGUUCUGGUGCCUCUCCUCUCCUGGCUGUUAUCGGAGAAUCUGGUUCUGCUCAGUCUAUUGUCGUAUCCAGAAUCCUGCAGCCCUUUAAAAUACCCAUGAUCAGCUACUUCUCGUCGUGCGCAUGCCUCGGUGACAGGAGGAAGUACCCCACCUUCUUCAGAGUAAUCCCCAACGAUGACUACCAGGUGAAGGCUAUGGCUCAGCUGCUGGUACGGUAUGACUGGCGCUGGGUGGGGGUGGUGCGUGGGGACCAUGAAUAUGGGCACUUUGCCCUACAAGGGCUGCUGAGGGAGCUAAAGGGGACGGGGGUGUGUGUGGCCUACCAGGAGAUGAUCCCUCUGCUCUACAAUCAGCAAAGGGCCCUGGAGAUCAUAGAGGUCAUGCGUAGCUCCACAGCGCGGGUAGUGGUGGUGUUCUCUGCCGAGGGGGAAAUGACCCCUUUCCUGAAGGACUACAUGGCACAGAACAUCACAGGGAUCCAGUGGGUGGCCAGCGAGGCCUGGGUCACUGCCUCUCUCUUCACCACCAGCGAGUACUUCCCCUACCUGGGGGGCACCAUCGGCUUUGGGAUCAGGCAGGGACAAAUCCCAGGGCUCCGGGACUACCUGCAGACGGUGAACCCCCGCAGCACCCUGAUCCCCCCCUGCUCAGGGCAGGAGACUCUUCUGGAGCAGCACUCAGCCUACAUGAACACCUCCAGCCCCAGAGUGGCCUAUAAUGUGUACAAGGCUGUGUACGCCAUCGCCCACUCACUGCACAACCUCCUCCACUGCCAGGCUGGGGCAGGACCCUUCCACAACCGCUCCUGUGCUCACAGCACCAACGUUCACCCCUGGCAGCUGCAGCACUAUCUACAAGAACUUGCCUUUUACAUUUCUGGGGAGGAGGUGAACUUUGACCUGAAAGGGGAUUCCAUCCCGUACUAUGACAUCAUCAACUGGCAGAGGGGCUCGGGUGGGAACAUGGAGUUCAUCAACGUCGGUCUGUUCGACGGAGCAAAGGCCUCCGGGAAGGAGUUGGUGAUCCAGGAAGAGAAGAUCCUGGUGGUCUCCGUGUGCAGUGCCAGCUGUGCUCCAGGAUCCAGGAAGGCUGUCCGUCGUGGGGAACCUCUGUGCUGCUUUGACUGUGUACCAUGUGACAGCGGCAAGAUUAGUAAUCAGACAGAUUCUAUAGACUGCACAGAAUGUCCCGAGGACUACUGGUCAAACGCUGAUGGAACAAUGUGCAUCCCCAAAGUGGUGGAGUUCCUUUCCCAUGAUGCAAUGGGGAUAGCCCUGACAGUGAUCGCUGUAGUGGGCGCCUGUCUGACCGUGUCCAUCCUGGCAGUCUUCCUCCAUCACAGGACCACUCCCAUCGUCCGCGUCAACAACUCUGAGCUGAGUUUCUUUAUCCUUCUCUCCCUGACUCUGUGCUUCCUGUGUGCGCUGAUGUUCAUCGGGGAGCCCACCUCCUGGUCCUGCAUGCUGCGCCACACCGCCUUCAGCAUCACCUUCUCCCUCUGCAUCUCCUGCAUCCUGAGCAAGACUCUGGUGGUCUUGGCAGCCUUCACUGCCGCCAGGCCUGGGAACAACAUUAUGAAGUGGCUGGGGCCCAAACAGCAGAGGGUCAUCAUAUUCUCCUGCACCCUGGUUCAGGUGCUGAUCUGUGCUGCCUGGCUCAUGGCUGCCCCUCCCUACCCCUCCAAAAAUAUCCAGGACCAACGCUCUAAGAUCAUUCUGGAGUGCAGUGUGGGCUCCCAACUGGCCUUCUGGUGCGUUCUGGGAUACAUCGGCCUCUUGGCCUGUCUGUGCUUCAUCCUAGCUUUUCUGGCCCGGAAACUGCCAGGCAACUUUAAUGAGGCCAAGUUCAUCACCUUCAGCAUGUUGAUCUUCUGUGCCGUGUGGAUCUCCUUCAUCCCUGCCUACGUCAGCUCUCCUGGGAAGUACACAGUAGCUGUAGAGAUCUUUGCCAUCCUGGCCUCCAGCUAUGGGCUGCUGUUCUGUCUGUUUGCUCCAAAAUGUUACAUCAUCCUCCUGAAGCCAGAGAAGAACACUAAACAACAUCUCAUGGGGAAUAAAAAGUAAUUAAUGAGUAAUACAAAAUGUAUUUUUCCUUAUGUGCUUUUGUUACUUAAAAUGUACAGUUUAUCAUAUAUGGGCUACAAUCUGCACUGAGUAUACAAAACAUUAACAACACCUGAUCUUUCCAUGACAUAGACAAACCAUCUGAAUCCAGGUAAAAUCUAAGAUCCCGUAUUGAUGUCACCUGAUACA